GUCCUUGGGUGGGGGGGAAAAAAAGGGGAGUUGAACAAGAGAAAAGCUACUACAGAGAGGCCAAAACUUUGAUCCCAUUGAUGUGUUGCAGGAGGCUGUGCAGCUGAAACCCAAACCCAGUAACAUGUCAGACUUUGUGAACUAUUCUAAGCAUCAGUUGCUGACGCCAAGAUGAGGGGUGGGGGUUUCUGGGGGGGCACAUAUGCGCCUCCAUAAGAACUCCCAAUAGGAACUGACGGCCACUACGGGCACCAUCUGACAUGCAGUGCCUUAAUGUUGGGCAAUAAAGCUGUUUAUAGAACCCAUAUCACAGUUCACAGUCCCACACGUUGGAGAGCGCGGCGAGAUCCAUUUGUGGAUGUGCGUUUUUUUAACGCCGCAGAGGGUUGUGAUGUAAAAACGUGUAGUCCAGUGUUUGGUCAGCGAGUGAGGGUUGGUGUGAAGGUAGAUCGCUAGGAGCUGUAGUGACCUUGGGACUGCUUGCUGAGGGCAGGACAAAAUUCCUGAAGGGACACAUGGUCUAGAGUGACAAGGCCAUCUGCUGUAGCGCCAGCAGUAGGAGGAAGGUGGAGGGGGACGGACACUGGGGGUCGGGGGGUGGGGGUGUGCUGAGAAUUCCUUUCGCUGGGGUGUGGAGGGAGUAGAUAUUCUGGGAUAUCGCUGCUCGCACUCCGCCGGGGAAACGUGUUUCUUUGGCAUUUUUCAGACGGAAAUCUGAGGGAGAAUUUUUGAUGGUGAGAGGGGGAUCGUUGCAGAGUUAAAUGGGGAAGGCAUUUUUCCAGCUCUCCACGAAGCGAUUGGUGAUAAUGGUCUUGCUGUGUUGCCAUUUUACUUCGGUGGAUCCAGUUUCCUCUCCAUCUCAGCACAGCCGGAGCUGAGAGAGCGGGAUCUGGUAGGCCCUCUGGCUCCCACCUCUCAGAGGAUCAUCUUCAAGGGAUCUUCUUUGGAGUUGUACUGUGCAUGGCAAGGAUCUAUUUUCUUGCUGCCUCACUGAAAUUGCAUGGCCUAAACGAAUGAAUAUUUUUAUGAGGCGCCUUGCACCAGAGAUGGGCCAGGACCAAACCAAGCAGCAGAUAGAGAAGGGCCUGAGGUUGUAUCAGUCCAAUCAGACAGACAAAGCCCUGCAUGUCUGGACAAAAGUGCUGGAGAAGACCUCAGAUCCUGGGGGGAAGUUUCGAGUGUUGGGGUGCCUGAUCACAGCUCACUCGGAAAUGGGAAAAUAUAAAGAUAUGCUCAAGUAUGCUCUAGAUCAAAUCGACACAGCCAGAGAAAUGGAGGACCCAGACUACCUGACGGAGGGCUACCUGAAUUUGGCGCGCAGCAACGAGAAGCUGUGCGACUUCCAGAAAACGGUGUCCUACUGUAAGACCUGCUUAAACAUGCAGGGUACCACCGUCAGCCUGCAGCUCAAUGGCCAGGUAUGUCUUAGCAUGGGCAACGCCUUCCUGGGCCUCAGCGUCUUCCAGAAAGCUCUGGAGAGCUACGAGAAGGCCCUGCGCUAUGCACACAACAAUGACGACAAGAUGCUGGAGUGCAGAGUCUGCUGCAGUCUGGGAAACAUCUACAUCCAUCUUAAGGACUAUGAGAAAGCCCUAUUCUUCCCUUGCAAAGCAGCUGAGCUCGUCAAUGACUAUGGCAAGGGUUGGAGCCUCAAGUAUCGAGCCAUGAGCCAGUACCACAUGUCUGCCGCCUACAGGAAACUGGAGCGCCUGCCAGACGCCAUGGAAUGCUGUGAGGAAUCUAUGAAGAUUGCACUGCAGCAUGGUGACCGUCCUCUGCAGGCUCUGUGCCUACUAAACUUUGCCGACAUACACCGCUGCAGGCGUGACGUUGAUAAAGCAUUCCCUCGCUACGAGUCUGCCCUGGCUAUCAUGACUGAGAUUGGAAACCGUCUUGGACAAACACAAGUCUACCUGGGAGUUGCAAAGUGUUGGCUUGUGCAGAAAGAAUUUGACAAGGCUCUUGAUUCUUUGCAGCGAGCACAGGAACUGGCAGAUGGGAUGGGAAACAAGCUGUGUACACUGAAGGUGCACUGCCUGAGCGAAGGGAUUUAUCGAAGCCGGGGGCAGCAGGAGGAGCUCAGAGAGCAGGUGGUGAAGUUCCUGCAGUGUGUCGAGGAGCUGGAGCUCUACUGCGGCAUGUGUGGAGAGUCCAUCGGGGACAGGGACCAAAAACUGCAGGCCUUACCCUGUUCCCACAUUUUCCAUCUCAAGUGUCUGCAGACAAACGGGACAAAGGGUUGUCCCAAAUGUUUCAAGUCCUCCAUGAAGCCUGGAUUCGUGUGAUUGUGAGACUGUGUUUGUGUGUUGGAUCGGCAGACACGGCGUGAAGCCUCGCAGGCUCCUGACUGAUCUGCGAGAAGCAGGCAGCCUCCGGGAAGAUGUGCUGAAGAUGUUUGAGGAGUAAUAAUUCACUGCUCUGUGCAGAGGAUGCUGAACUGAACCCAGAGUGUGUCGCAGAGUGUGGCUCUGAGAACACAAUCAGGGCAUCCACCUUAUUGACAGACAUCAGUCUGUGAGUUACAGCUGACUGAGGAGGUACAAGUGUUACAUUUCAAUAUAAGCUGAAGAAGAAAGAAUUGUCUCUGACGACUGGCCAUUUGUUGCAGAAUUUCAAUCUUGAGGGGUAUGGAUUGUCCAAAGAGCAUCUAUAACUUGUAUUUGCUAUUUUAUGCAGUAGAUCGUUUAUUAAAAUCAUCAGUCAUAUCUGUAAUCUUAGUCACAGAGUUUGUUAUAGUACCUUUAACACAACAUCCACUUGAUCUUUACUCACAAACAGUUUCUGAUUUUUUUAUUUUUUUUAAUCAGAGCACAGAGCCAUUUUUGAAUUUACCCGAUUUCAUACAUGGAAUAUUUAUUUUUGCGUUCAUGUACAUAUUAUUCUCAUGUUAAUUCGUUUUGAAAGUUUGAUUUCUUUGAGGUGUUUUGUAAAACCUAAAAACAAACAAACAAACUAAAAUCUCUUAACCAUUCAAAAACUAGUAUGUCUUUACAAAACACAGUACAAAGUACAUGCAGCUGUUUUUUUUUCUUCUUUUCCUCCUUGUUCGAUGAGAUAAAGGAGCAGGAUCAACACACGUGUUCAUAGAAAUUCCUUUUCUGUCCAUUUUUUGGGGGGAUUGUUUUACUCUUAUGACAUCAAGAUAAUGUUGUUGAGAAGCAUUGGGAAAGGAUCUUCUUUGACCAAUCACACACUCGUUAAACAAUUAUUUAGAAGAGAUGCAGUAUGUUUUUAAUGUAGCGUUUUCAUAUCUGUAGUCAUGUAAAUAAUAAUUAGUGCAGCAUCUCGAUAGUCAGAUUGAGAUGAUAUACUUGCUGAGGCAUUGUAAUUUUUUCGGGACAAUGGCAAAAAAAACGAAUUUAUUGUUGCAUGUUUUAUUCACAAUGCCAAGCGACAAAGUUCGAUUACAAACUAUGUAUCCACAAAACUGUGUAUUAGCUUAUUUCAUCAUUGUUUAUUGUAGUAUUUCAUAUUCCUUAUAUAUUUGUUCAAUUUAUUUUAGAUAUAUUACGAUUUGCGGGGGGAGGGGGAGCCACAUCAAUCAAAAUCAUCAAGGCUUAAUGAGGUUUUUAAUAUGCAGCAGGUUUUCCUCAAAAGCUCCUAUUAAAAUUAUUUUACAUUAAAUAUUCAUACAUGAAAGUACAA